AUGGCCGACUCGGAAGUUGGCGGGGCUUUUAUCCCUGCCUUGUACAAACCAGCAGCGCUUCUUCCUAUUGCCAAGCACCGCGAGUCUCUCCUAUACCUAGUUGAAACGAACCCGGUUACCAUCGUCGUUGGCCAAACAGGAUCUGGCAAAAGUACACAGAUCCCUCAGUUUCUUGAGAAAGCAGGUUGGUGUGCUGAUGGGAAAUUGAUUGCUGUUACACAGCCUCGCCGUGUCGCUGCGGUCACGUUGGCCAUCAGGGUGGCCGAAGAAUUUGGCUGUGAAGUCGGAAAGGAAGUCGGCUACUCGAUUCGGUUUGAAGAUGCCACGUCUGAGAGCACCAGGAUCAAGUAUAUGACAGAUGGGCUCUUGAUCCGGGAAGCCCUUGUUGAUCCUUUGCUGUCGCGGUAUUCUGUUAUCAUGAUCGAUGAGGCCCAUGAGCGGUCCAUCAGCUCCGACAUCCUUCUGGGCCUUCUCAAGAAAAUCCGCAGGAAGCGCCCGGAUCUUAGGAUCAUUAUCAGCAGCGCGACACUUCAAGCUGAAGACUACCGGGCGUACUUUGAGAAGGCCUCCGAAACUCAGGAGGAAGACAGCUCCAACGACAAGCAAAAGGAGAGCAUUGCAUCCAUCAUCAGCAUAGAGGGCAGGACAUAUCCGAUCGAUAUCCUCUACCUCGACACUCCAACUGAAGACUACCUCGAAAAAGCGAUCUCGACCGUCUUUGACAUACACACCAACGAACCGAAGGGAGACAUUCUGGUCUUCCUCACAGGACGCGAUGAGAUCGAGCAGGCUGUUCAGGCUGUAUCCGAACGUUCUGCCAGCCUUCCCCCGGGCUCAGAAGCUCUCCUUCCCUUGCCCUUGUAUUCCGGUUUGUCUGCAGAGCAGCAAAUGUAUGUGUUCGAAGAAGCACCAGAAAAUACAAGAAAGGUGAUUUUUUCGACCAACCUCGCUGAGGCGUCCGUCACAAUCGAGGGGAUUGUGUAUGUAAUAGAUUCAGGCUUCGUGAAGCUACGGGCCUACAACCCCAAGACUGGUAUCGAGAGUCUCACGGCCACGCCCGUCUCGAAAGCGUCGGCAGCCCAGCGUGCAGGUCGUGCCGGUCGAACCAAGCCUGGGAAAUGUUUCCGGCUGUAUACUGAGGAGGCGUAUCAAUCACUGCCUGACGCCACUGUCCCUGAGAUUCAGCGCUCAAAUCUGGCACCCAUCAUCCUUCAGCUCAAGGCCUUGGGCAUAGAUAAUGUCCUCCGGUUCGAUUACUUUACGCCACCUCCGGCAGAACAAAUGACACGCGCCCUAGAGCUUCUGUACUCCCUGGGAGCACUGGAUGACUAUGCUAAGCUCACUCGACCCCUUGGGCUCAGGAUGGCAGAGCUGGCUGUUGAGCCAAUGAUGGCCAAGACGCUCCUUUCAGCGCAGUCCUUUGGAUGCCUAAGCGAAAUCCUCACGAUUGCAGCCAUGACAAGCUUGGAUGGCACCCUUUGGAUUCAACACGAGGGAGACAAGAAGAAGACGGAGAGCGUCAAGCGGAAGUUCGCCGCUGAGGAAGGCGAUCAUCUCACGCUACUCAAUGUCUACCAGGCCUUUGUGACUAAAGGUCGCAAAGAGGCACACUGGUGCCACGAGAACAUGCUCAAUUACAAGGCCAUGAUUCGCGCCGUUAGCAUUCGUGCUCAACUGAAGCGCUUUCUUGAGCGGUUUGGCAUCGACGUCGAGGAAUCGCUGUCCUCGCCCUCAGUAUCCCAACAACCAGCGAACAAGGCGGAGAAGAUCCAAAGGUGUCUGACAAUUGGCUACUUUGCGCACGCAGCCAAAAUGCAGCCUGAUGGGACAUUCCGCAACGUCUCCGGAACCACGGUGUUGCAUGCGCACCCCAGCUCUAUCAUGUUCAAUCGCAAGGCUGACUGGGUGAUCUUUCAUGAGGUGUUGGAGACGAAAGACAAGACGUUCAUCAGAGACAUUACACGCAUCAAGAAGGAGUGGUUGCUAGAAUAUGCCCCUGACUUUUACAAGACAACUUGA